CCAGGAUUUGGACCUGGGCCGCGGCACGUCCAAGACGUUGCGCCGGGCGUGACGCAGAGGUGUUCGCCUCCUCCUCCUCUUCCUCCUCCUCCUCCUCCUCCUCCUUUCCCCCCGCCCCGUCUCCUCCUCCCCCGCCCACCUCCUUUCCCCCUCCCCCUCACCCGCCCCAGCUGGGCCGUAGAUUGGGGCUUCCCGGCUAGGGGGCGGCCGCCGGGUGGAGGACCCCAGGGCGGAGCACCCCGGGGCGGAGUUGCAGUACCGCAGAAGGAGCCAGCAGCUCCUGGGGCGAGCGGCCCGAAGUGGAGGAACCGCGACGCCGAGCCCGUAGCAGAGCCCUAGCACCCCACCCGGCAGCCCAGUGCCUGCCCUGCCGAGGGCCUCCGACUCGCUGCGCUCAGUCUCCUCGGUCCUAGGACAGUGGUCAAGCGGUCGCGGAGCGGGCGGCUCUGGGGUAUAUGGCGGCGGCCCUGUCCGCCCUGGCUCUCCGGCUCUCCCGAUCAGCCGCCGCCCGCUCCUAUGGAGUCUUCUGCAAGGGGCUGACUCGGACCCUGCUCAUCUUCUUCGACCUGGCCUGGCGGCUUCGCAUCAACUUUCCCUACCUCUACAUCGUGGCCUCCAUGAUGCUCAAUGUCCGGCUGCAGGUACAUAUUGAGAUCCACUGAAUAUAUUUGGCUGACUGUAACAAAGGACUAUCUCUGAGUUUACUGCUUCAUAAGAUGGAAACGAUGAGGGACAGAAGAACUACUCUGGGCAGUUGCCACAUUAGCGUGAAAGGAGAGGAUGAUGUUGAUUCCAACAAACUCCUUUGUAGAGUUAAUAAAAGACAGCAACAGAAGGAGAUCCCUCAUCUAUCAGACAUGUGCUCCUGGUCAAAUAAACCUGGAGUGGAUUUCAACAGAAGUUUACACAAAGAGCUAUUCUCAUCUGAGAUAAAGAAUUAUUUGAGUAAGGCUGAUCCCUUGCCUCAUAUUGGUAACAAAAUGCUUCCUUAUUUGAGAAAAUCAACAAGAAGAAAUUCAACUAAAGCAGCUGGUCAGAAAGAUUCAGUUAAUAUGCUUUUUCCUGCAAAAGAACAUUUUGCUAAGAUUUUCUGUGGUCUUAAUGAAGCAUUAGUGAGUGACUGGCUGGAAAGAGCUAUCUAUUCUAUUAAUGACCUCAGAGAAUGGUGUCACAUAGGGGAUAAUUUUGUAAGGUUUGCAAAUUUCUGGCUGUCAGAACUACCAUACAAACAAAAAUUAAACUUGCUACAGUUAGAAAUGGGACUUUUUGAUGAUGAACUGCAAAGUGCAUUUUUUGAGGAAGUAGGAGCCGAGUUAGAAUUCUCUCACCUGCACUCCGUCCGUUCUGCAACACUAUGUGAAUAUCCUGAAGUUCUUCUGAAUGAUGAGACAAAAUAUGUUUUCCUUGACUAUCUAAACCUUAUGUCGUCAGAGCAAACAAUAGAAUAUAAGAAAAUGCUUUCAGGUUUAAAAUGUACAACAAACAAUCUUCAGAUAGCACUGUGGUUGCUAGCUCUACGAGCAUUUGCAUUAGCAAACCUCUGGCAUGCAGUAGUUAAGGUAAAAACAAAACAAUAAAAACCAAUAGUGAGGUUAAUUUAAAAUUGAUUUUUUAAAAUUCGUCUAAAUUCAAUUAGAAAUGUUCAAACAGCAUAGUUAUGAAGUUUCUGCUUAGGUUUGUGUGGUUAGGCAAACUUAAAAGAAAUAGAACUGGAAUUGUUUUGUUGAAACUGGUUGUUAAAACAAGGAAUCAUUUUUAUAUCGGGAAACUUUUUUCGAAGUAUUUAAAAUUGUGUUAAUGAUGUAUUCAGAGUUGGGUAAGCCUUUUAGUAUAUUAAUGUCUGCCAGCAUUGAUUUCUAGUUAGAAUUAUUGAACAUAAGGUAUUCUUCAAUUUCCAUUUUUAAAGGGCUACCUUCACAAUUCCAACUUUAGCAUCCUUUUGCUUGUGAUCCAUGUAAAAUUCAACUAAUCUGUUACUAGCUCUGCUGGAUUAACAGUAAGUUGCUUUUUGAUUCUGUAGAAAUAUUUUGACCUGCAGUCAAAUUUGCUUUCCUUUCCCACUCUCUUAAUCUUUUUUCCUAAUCAACUUAAAAAAAUUAAAUGUAGGCCCUAAGAUAAAAAUUGCUGUAUUGGAUUUCAAAUAGUCACUUCUCUGACCCUCACGAACCUUAUAGUAUUAUUAUCACUUGAAAAGCUAACUUGAAAGGGGUUUUGAGUGGUAAUAGUUCAGCUAUAGAUUGGCCUAUCAAGUGUUUCCACUGUAAAGGACUGAAAUAUGUUUUGCAAGGAAAAAUUUUAAUUUUCAGAAGGUCCUUAAUAACAAAAAAUUUGCCUCAGCAAUGAAGCUAAGGUCAGUGAGACCAUAACCAGUGUGAAAUAUGAAAAACACAGUAGUCUUGUAUGAUUUAAAUGGGAAAUCUUUUCUUGACAAACCCUUCUUUCAAUUCCAAUUCUUUUCCUUCUAAUCUUUCCUAUUUUGUUUCAUGGCUUUCCAUGACUGUUCUUAAACAUUUUUAUUGGCCUUAUAAAUUAUAGAAAUGUAUUCAGCUCAUUUGCCAAAAAGCAGUAAAAUUUCCUAGGUAGCAUUUAAUGCUGAAAUGAAAUUUGACUGGUAGCUAUAUGAGAAUAAAGUAUGUCCUUUUUAAUAAAAGCUCAGAAUGGGGGAGGGCAAAAAAAAGUCAUCUUAACUUUUUAAUUCAUUUAUUUAUAUGUAGCUGCUAAUUUUUCUUUUGGUAAUAUAUUAGAUUACUAGGCCCACACAUAUCUCUGUCAGCAGAUCAUUGUAUCAUGUAAGAACUUCUGUAAAUCAUAUCUGUUAGCACUAAGGACAUCUAAGUAGUCAUACUGUACUCAAAUGCCAAAAAAAGGCAGUUCAGGAAAGCAGUUGGUUCCCAAACCAACAGUUGAAAGUCAACAGAGGUACAAGUGAUAAGUCUAUGAAAUUAUAUGGUCCUCUAUUCUUUUAAAGUAGUUAUUUGGUAUAAACAUUUGAUUUUGAGGGCUGCAGAAGUCCUAAGGUGAGAUCCUCCUAGCCAAGUUGCUUCUACAUUUUAUUUAUAUGAGACACACUUCAAAUUAUAUAGUUUUGACAGCCAGGAGUUAAAGAAACUGUUUUUGGAGGAAUUGUAGUUAUUAAAAUUUGUGUAUUUUAACAGUUACUUCACUGAUUUCUCAUUGGAUGAUUUUUGGAAAGUUAAAUAGCAAUCCUUAAUCAGACAUAAUAUACAAAACCAAGAUUUUUAUUGGGUGCUUAUUUACAUUUGGAAAUCAUAAUCAACUUUCUGUCACAUCAAAGCAGAUGAUUGAGGAGAUAGUUCUAAGUUAUAAACCUGUAGACAAUAAAAGGCAAUUAAGAAGUUGUUAAUUUUUAAAAAUUAGGUCAUUAUUGCUUUUAUGUCUGCUUAAUUUAUAAGUAGGGAAGCAAAAUAUGUUUUAGGACUUAACCCAAAUUUCUUACUGCUACAAAUUUUGAAAGUAUUUUUACACUACAGUAUUGCUAGAAGUUUUCUCUGUACAAUUCCUCAGAUUUACAAACCAAAAAAACAACAACAAAAAACCCAACCCUUUCUUUUUCUGACCUCCUGGGCAGAAGAAAAUAAAGGCCUUUGCUGAAAAGUGCCUGAGCUUAUAGUCUGAAACAGCAGCAAUUCUGUAAUCUCUAGUUUGUAGAAAGCACAUAGGACUUGGAAUGGAAGCUAAGUACCUAAGAAUCCCUAAUUCCCCAGUUUGGCAGUGACAAAUAAUGCAAAGUAGUUCUGGAGACUGAAGCUUGUUUUAAAUUUAACGAGUUAUUACUCUUAGUGGAAUCUUCUUUCAGAUUUUAAUUAUUGUUUCUUUUCAACAUUUCAUGUUUAUCAAGGACUGAGAAAGUCCAAUUAGGUUGAAAUACAUGUUUACUUACAUUGCACUUUAUCCUACAUAUCCUAUUCAUUGAGAGCAGUAUGCUUGCACUACAAUAAUUUCACUGGAAAAAAAGUUAAUUUUGGUGGUCAUUACUCCCAAGGAAAAAUACUUGGGAAAAUAAUUUUAAUGAAAUAAGCUUUUACUCAUUUUUACAUAAUGAUUUUAAAAAGUAGAAGUAUAUAUACCUUUACUGACUCUGAGGCUUCUUGUAUUUGGGAAAAAUACUUUUUAAACAAAACUCUUUUAAAUUAAUUGGGAUGGAACUUUAUAAUUUUGAUAAAAGUCAGACAUGGGAAUUAUUCUUGACAGUACAUUCAUUAUCUGCUAAGACUGAAAAAUUCCUGAUCAUUGGAAUUUCUUUCACUAGAUAGAGCACAAGUUGUAGUUUUAUAGCAUUUUCAGACUGACCUUCUGUAUAGAAUAUAUGGUAAAGUUUAUUUUUAAAUUGUCUGGUUACCCAAUAACAUAGGGAUAUUUUUCUAGGGCAGCUGUAGAUCAUCACAAUAUUAACAAGAUAAAACACUCUGGUUAACUAUUUAAUGCUUUUUGAAAUUUAGUUUUAUAAGGCAAUGGUCAGUAGCCAGCCUCCUCCUGGACUACCUAACAAGAGUUCUGUUUCUGCUACUAGAAAACAAAAAAGUGAUCUGUUUAAAGAAAGGUAAGAAAACUGUCCUUGUUCUGACUUUUAAGAAUAUGUCCUUUAUCAUGUGGGGAUUUACAAAAAUGAUACACUGUUCCUUUUAAAAAAAUAAGUUAAAAACAUAAUUAUAUAAUGCCCAUGUGUUUUCAGGAUCUUAUUGAAAAUUUAUAAUUUCUUAUUUCAUUUAAAACCUCAGGUUACUUUGAUAGUUUUAUUCCUUGUAAAACUCUCAGAGGAUUUAUUCCUUCUAGAUCAUAGGUACUUAAUGUUUGUUAUAGCAAAAAUUAACAAUUAAAAACAAUGUUAGUCAUCUUCUGGGGAUGUUUCAAGAAAAGGAUAAUUGUUUUUUAACAAGUAGAUUUUGUAUUCUGAGUUACUGGCAAUUAGUUAGAUGCCUAUCACACAUAACCUGUUUUAGAUCAUUAUGUAAAAAUAAAGACAGCAAAAAUUACAGCUGGAAUAAAAUGUGUUCAGCUCUUACGGAAUUCUUUGAGUAGUAUGUCACUUAAACUGUUGUAUUUCUGGGGUCCAGACUAGCAGCAGAGCUCAUAAAGGAAUGUCUCUACAUUUUUCUGUUGCUUUACAAAAUUAUGGUCUCGUAACCGAAUACUUUAGAAUCAGAUGCUUUUUCAUUGUACAGUGUUACAACUAAUUGGAAGUUCUUUUGAAAUAAAUUCUUUUUCCCAGUGUCAUUAUAGUGAAAGAUUUUUUUUUUUUCUGAUCAGAGAAAGUCCAGUCUCACCUUAUGGCUCAGUUAUUAGUACGGCAUAUUUGGGUAUUGAACAUACUAUAUUUUACCCUCUCUAUCUCCCUUUUAAUUAUUAAAAAUAAAAUAAUUCUGGAAGGAACAGAGAUUAUUUUGUCAGUUUGCUUCAAGUCAUAAAUAUUACACCACAGCUUUUUAAAAAAAAUUGUCUCAGAAAGGGUAAAGUUUUGUUUUUCAUGUGUUGAUCACAAAAUACGAGUCAGAGAGGGAUAAGCAUAGGGAUAAGAAUGUCUAGUAUAGUACUGAGUGAGUAUCCUUCACAAGGAAGGACUCUUCAUCAAAUGUAUAAGGGAUGCAUAUUUUUAAAAACCUUCUAGAGUAGAACUUUUUCUUCAUUGUUAAAAGAAUCAUCUCUGACUUUUUCAUAUUUUGAUGUCUUUUUAAUAUAGCUUUUAGCAUGAAAAUGAGAAGACAUCUUUUAUUAAAUAGUCUCUCUUAAUGUCAAGUUUUUUUAGUGCUCUGGGGUUGGGAGGGUUGUACUAAACAUCUAAUCUAAUUUUCUUCCCAUACCAUCUGAUUUUAGGUAACUCUCUCUGUUAAGAUCAGAGCUGAACUGGUGUUGUAUUUAAUCACAUCAGAUUACAAAAUUUUAUCAUUAGUUGUUGGAAUAUUGUAAAUUCUGAAAUGUUCUUUCUUCUUACUCCCACCAAAUUCAAGUUGAUUAUUUAACUCGAACAACUGGAACAAGCCAUAGUUGGUGAACUUGUAUAGACUUCUCGUGUUCGUUUAGAACACUUGGAAGCACCCACAUGGGAUUAGGAUUGAUUUUUGUCUACACAAAAAGAUGUUUACAACUUUGUAUUAUUUUUUUAGCAGUUUGUUAUCUAACACAUUUUUUAAUGAAAUGCCAGUUUAUUUCUAUAGUAACUUUAAAAUUUAUUGUUCAUAUGUGAAAGUAGCCUUUUUUGCUAUAGUGCAUUUCACAAUACUGAAUACUAUAAAGGACUCACGAUAAUGCUCACCUGUGCCACAAGAGGGAGCCAGGCGGUCAGUUUUCAGAUUAUUUGCCUAAAUGAUGGCCUUGUUUUUUUCUGAUGUUCUUAGAUCCAAAUUCAUAACAACAAACAGCAACAAAAACUUUGCAUUUACCUUAUAUGGAUUUUUACUUUGUUGAGUAUAAUGUAUAAAACCUUACAAUAGGACAGAAACAUUGUAACUGUUAAAUCAAAAGCAAUGGACACUUCUUUUGGGGUGUUUUUAAAAAAGGAAAAUAAAGUGUUGGAAAAUAUUA